CAAGAAGCCGCGCCUUGACCGCCAUCGCCGUCACCACCCGUGCACCGGUGACCCACGUGUCGCCGCCUAUAUAACCCCGCGCUCCCCCACCCACUCCACUCAACUCAGCCGCUUUCCCGACCCGGCUCGACCACCCAUGCCCACCGUGUCCGCGUCGUUGCCUUUGGCGGCAGCGAUGGCGGCGGGCGAUGACCGGCAGCCGCUGCCUUUCCUCCUGCGGCCAGUCCUCCUCCACGGCGCCGGCGCCGGGGCCCACCUCCUGCUCGCGCUCGCCGUCGCCGCCCGCCUCCUCUUCGCCACCGCCAGCCGCCGCGCCAAAGAAUCACCCGCGGCGGCUGCGAUUGGCUUCCGGUGGUGCCGCCUCGCGGUGCGCGCCACGUGGGUUCUUGCGGCGUGCGAGCUCUUCCUCGCCGCGUACUCGCUCGUCUCGUGGUACCUGGACGGCGGGGCCAGGUGGGCGGCGCCCGACGCGGUCGCGGACUACGCGGACGCCGCGGCGCGCGCGGUGGCGUGGCUGCUGCUCGCGGCGUACCUGCAGCUCGAGCACCGCCGCCGCGGCGAGGACCGGCUCCCCGCGCCGCUCAGGCUCUGGUGGGCGCUCUUCCUGCUGCUCUCCGUCCUCGCCGUCGCCGUCCACGCCGCCACGGUCCUCCUGUACAAGCUCCCCGUGCCCGCGCUUGCGUGGGCGCGCGACGCCGUCUCGGUCGUAGCAUCCCUUGUGCUGCUCGUCGCCGGGUUCUCGGCCAAGACCCCGGCGGCGGGCGGCUCUGCUUCCGAGGAGCCUCUGCUCAAUGGCGCGAGCGAGACGGCCAGCGCCGAGAACGACACCGUGGACGCCUCCAUGUUCACGGGCGCGGGAUUCCUCAGCGUGCUCACCUUCUCCUGGAUGGGGCCGCUGCUCGCGGUCGGCCACAGGAAGACGCUCGACCUCGACGACGUCCCGGACCUCGACACCGGGGACAGCGUGGCCGGCCUGCUCCCGCCCUUCAAGGCCAACCUCGACGCGCUCACGGGCGACGGGAAGGUCACGGCUUUCAAGCUCACCAAGGCCCUGCUGCGCACCGUGUGGUGGCACAUCGCGGUGACCGCGCUCUACGCGCUCAUCUACAACCUGGCCACCUACGUCGGCCCGUACCUCAUCGACUCCCUGGUGCAGUACCUCAACGGCGACGAGAGGUACGCCAGCAAGGGCAAGCUCCUCGUCGUCACCUUCAUCGUAGCCAAGGUGUUCGAGUGCUUGUCGCAGCGCCACUGGUUCUUCCGGCUGCAGCAAGCCGGGAUACGCGCGCGGUCCGCGCUUGUCUCCGUCGUGUACCAGAAAGGGCUCUCCCUGUCCAGCACCUCCAGACAAAGCCGCACCAGCGGCGAGAUGAUCAACAUCAUCAGUGUGGAUGCCGACAGAGUCGGCCUCUUUUCAUGGUACAUGCACGACCUCUGGCUGGUGCCGCUCCAAGUAGGCAUGGCGCUCUUCAUCUUGUACUCCACCCUUGGGGUCGCCUCGCUUGCAGCCCUCGGUGCCACCGUCGUCGUCAUGCUUGCCAAUGUGCCUCCGAUGCAAAUGCAGGAGAGGUUCCAGCAGAAGCUCAUGGACUGCAAGGAUGUCAGGAUGAAGGCCACAUCUGAGAUCCUGCGCAACAUGAGGAUUCUUAAACUGCAGGGGUGGGAGAUGAAGUUCCUGUCCAAGAUCAUUGACCUGCGGAAGACAGAGGAAAGCUGGCUCAAGAAGUAUCUGUACACGUCCACCGUGGCCACCUUCGUGUUCUGGGGUGCCCCGACCUUCGUCGCCGUGGUAACAUUCGGAGCCUGCAUGCUCCUAGGGAUACCAUUGGAGUCAGGGAAGGUGCUGUCUGCAUUGGCCACGUUCCGAGUGCUUCAAGAACCAAUAUACAACCUUCCCGACACAAUCUCGAUGAUGAUUCAGACUAAGGUGUCUCUUGACAGGAUAGCUUCUUUCCUCUGUCUCGAGGAGUUGCCAACUGAUGCUGUGCAGAGGUUGCCAAGUGGUAACUCGGAUAUCGCAAUUGAGGUCAGCAAUGGGUGCUUCUCCUGGGAUGCCUCAGCUGAAGUGCCAACGCUGAAGGAUCUCAACUUUCAAGCUCGGCAAGCCAUGCGGGUCGCCGUCUGUGGGACGGUUGGGUCUGGGAAAUCAAGCUUGCUCUCUUGCAUUCUUGGUGAGAUGCCAAAGCUAUCAGGAGAUGUCAAGACUUGCGGAACAAUGGCAUAUGUCAGCCAGUCAGCAUGGAUACAGAGUGGCAAAAUUCAGGACAACAUACUGUUCGGCAAGGAGAUGGACACUGAGAAGUAUGACAGGAUCCUUGAGUCAUGUUCCCUGAAAAAAGACUUGGAGAUAUUACCAUUUGGUGACAAAACGGUCAUUGGAGAGCGAGGCAUCAAUCUUAGUGGCGGGCAGAAGCAAAGGAUUCAGAUAGCCCGAGCUUUGUAUCAGGAUGCCGACAUCUAUUUAUUCGAUGAUCCAUUCAGCGCAGUGGAUGCCCAUACAGGGUCCCACCUCUUCAAGGAAUGUUUGCUUGGGGUUUUGGGUUCAAAGACAGUUGUUUAUGUUACGCACCAGAUUGAAUUCCUACCUGCGGCUGAUCUUAUUCUGGUAAUGAAAGGUGGGAGAAUAGCCCAAGCAGGCAAAUACAACGAAAUCCUUGGAUCAGGGGAAGAGCUAAUGGAACUGGUUGGUGCUCACCAAGAUGCUCUCACAGCAUUGGAUUUGAUUGAUGUUGCUAAUGGAGGCAGUGAAGCUUUCUCUUCCAGUGGCACAGCAAGCCUUUCCAGGUCAUUGUCCACAGCUGAGGAGAAAGAUAAACAAAAUGGCAAAGAAGACGUUGACAAGGUUCAGAGUGGGCAGCUGGUGCUGGAAGAAGAAAGGGAAAAAGGCAGGGUUGGGUUCUGGGUCUACUGGAAGUACCUUACAUUGGCUUAUGGAGGGGCUCUUGUACCAUUCGUGUUGAUAGCUCAGAUACUUUUCCAAGUCCUUCAAAUUGGUAGCAAUUACUGGAUGGCUUGGGCUUCUCCUGUGUCAGAAGACGUCGAGCCUCCAGUGAGCAUGUCGACACUGAUAUACGUCUUUGUUGCAUUGGCUGGUGCAAGCUCGCUGUGCAUCCUCGUAAGAGCUCUGUUUCUUGUGACAGCUGGGUACAAGACAGCAACCCUGUUGUUCGACAAGAUGCAUAUGUCAAUAUUCAGAGCUCCUAUGUCUUUCUUCGAUUCCACUCCGAGUGGCCGCAUCUUGAAUAGGGCUUCAACUGAUCAAAGUGAAGUGGACACCAGCAUUGCUUACCAAAUGGGUUCGGUCGCAUUUUCCAUCAUACAACUAGUUGGAAUUAUUGCUGUGAUGUCUCAGGUUGCAUGGCAGGUGUUUGUUGUUUUCGUCCCUGUAAUUGUUGCCUGCUUCUGGUAUCAGCGUUACUACAUUGACACAGCCAGAGAGCUGCAAAGGCUGGUAGGGGUUUGCAAAGCUCCUAUAAUACAACAUUUUGCUGAAUCAAUCACUGGAUCUGCAACCAUCAGGAGUUUUGGCAAGGAAAAUCAGUUCGUAUCUACUAAUAGCCAUCUAAUGGAUGCCUACUCUCGACCAAAAUUCUAUAAUGCUGCAGCAAUGGAGUGGCUUUGCUUCCGCUUGGAUACACUCUCGUCUGUUACAUUUGCCUUCUCUUUGAUAUUUCUGAUCAGUCUACCGACUGGUCUCAUCGAUCCAGGAAUUGCUGGUCUUGCUGUCACAUAUGGGCUUAAUUUGAACAUGCUGCAAACAUGGGUUGUCUGGUGCAUGUGCAAUUUGGAGAACAAGAUAAUAUCAGUAGAAAGAAUUCUGCAAUAUAUGAGCAUUCCCGAAGAGCCCCCUCUUUCAAUGUCAGGAGAUAAGCUGCCUCAUAACUGGCCGUCAGAUGGAGAAAUUCAGCUGCGUAACCUACAUGUGAGAUAUGCUCCACAACUACCAUUUGUUCUGAAGGGUCUUACAGUUACGUUUCCUGGAGCCAUGAAGACUGGUAUUGUUGGAAGAACAGGCAGUGGUAAAUCAACUCUUAUACAGGCCCUUUUCCGUAUCGUGGACCCUACUAUCGGUCAGAUACUAGUAGAUGGUGUCGACAUUUGCACCAUUGGACUGCAUGAUCUGAGAUCUAGACUGAGCAUCAUUCCACAAGACCCAACGAUGUUCGAGGGAACUGUGAGGAGCAACCUUGAUCCUCUUGGAGAAUACAAUGACGAUCAAAUCUGGGAGGCCUUGGAUAACUGUCAGCUAGGAGAUGAGGUCAGGAAAAAGGAUCUUAAGCUUGACUCGCCAGUGAUAGAGAAUGGAGAAAACUGGAGCGUGGGUCAGCGCCAGCUUGUCUGUCUAGGUAGAGUGAUUCUGAAAAGGACUAAAAUACUGGUUCUGGAUGAAGCGACAGCUUCAGUAGACACUGCGACGGACAACUUGAUCCAGAAAACACUACGGGAGAAUUUUUCAGAUUCAACGGUCAUCACAAUUGCUCAUCGAAUCACCUCGGUCCUUGACAGCGACAUGGUCUUGCUUCUCGACAAUGGUGUGGCCGUGGAGCGCGAUACGCCGGCGAAGUUGCUAGAAGACAAGUCGUCUCUGUUCUCAAAGCUUGUAGCAGAGUACACGAUGAGGGCAACACAUACGUAGUGAAACGAGUGAAACCUCCAGCUAUUCUCCCACGCCGUUGAGGCUUCUUGAGCAAGUCUGAUAGUCGACGAUGAUGAAAAAUACUGGUAGAUGAGAUGUGAAACAUUAGCUGAUCUACGAUGGUGUUAGCCCUGCUAAUACUAGCGGUGACUCUUACAUAUUCUGAAGCAUAAAGCCGAAAAGAUGCUUAAAAGUCGGUUAAAGUAGUAUUAAUUUCUAAAGAAAGUAGUUUGCUUAGAAUAAGAACGGAAUCCUGAUUCAUAGUCGUGUUCUUUAUGGUAGAGUACACGCCAGAGAAGUUUUGGGACUAAGUAAUUUGGACUGUGUGAUACCUGGAUAAAUAAGAGGUUCAGUUUUUUGCA